CUUCUCCGCCCCGGGGAGGGACCGGGGGAGGGCAGACGUCCGGGCCCGCCCCCAGCCCCAACCCCUGCCCCAUCCACAGCCCCAGCCGCGCUUGGCGGCCGCGGCUGCCGGAGGGAGAUGAGAGGCACCUCCCUGUAGCUGAGAAACCAGUUUGGCCGGUCCCGCGGAGCGGAGGGAAAAGGGCGGCCGCAGAGGAAGGGCGCGCGGACGCGAGGCGGGGAAGGCGGGGAGCCAUUGGCGUACCGCGGGAGCCGGAGGAGCGGCCGCCAACUGGACACGCUGCCCGGGGCCCCCGGCCAGCCCCCGUGCGCCAUGAGGCGCUAGCGCCGCGGCCAACGCUGGGGCCCGGCGGCAGGGAGGCGGCGGAGACGACCAGGUGCACAGCGAGCGCUCGGAGCAGGGCGCACCCGGCAGAUGCCCCAGCCGGGGCCCAGCGAACGCCAGGUGCGUGCGCUCCACCGGCAGGAUGAGCACAGAAAGGGAUUCGGAGACGACAUUCGAGGAGGACUCGCAGCCCAACGAUGAAGUGGUUCCCUACAGCGACGACGAAACAGAGGAUGAGCUGGAGGACCAGGGCCCUGCCCUCGAACCAGAACAGAACCGAGCCAGCAGAGACGCCGAGGAAACCCGGGAGACGCUCAAAAAAGAUUGCACGUGGCAAGUCAAAGCAAAUGAUCGACAGUUCCACGAGCAACCUCAUUUUAUGACCACGAAGUUCUUUUGUAUCAAGGAGAGCAAAUAUGCAAAUAAUGCAAUUAAAACAUACAAGUACAACGCACUGACCUUCCUACCAAUGAAUUUGUUUGAACAGUUUAAGCGAGCAGCCAAUUUCUAUUUCCUGAUCCUUCUUAUCUUACAGGCAAUUCCUCAAAUCUCUACCCUGGCAUGGUACACUACACUCGUGCCCCUGCUUCUGGUGCUGGGCAUCACGGCAAUCAAAGACCUGGUGGACGAUGUGGCUCGCCAUAAAAUGGAUAAGGAGAUCAACAAUCGGACGUGUGAAGUCAUUAAGGAUGGCAGGUUCAAAGUUGCCAAGUGGAAAGAUAUUCAAGUUGGAGACGUCAUCCGCCUGAAAAAGAAUGAUUUUGUUCCCGCUGACAUUCUGCUGCUGUCCAGCUCUGAGCCCAACAGCCUCUGCUACGUGGAAACAGCGGAACUGGACGGGGAAACCAAUUUAAAGUUCAAAAUGGCACUUGAAAUCACAGACCAGUACCUCCAAAGAGAAGAUACAUUGGCAACAUUUGAUGGUUUUAUUGAAUGUGAAGAACCCAAUAACCGGCUGGAUAAGUUCACAGGAACACUGUUCUGGAGAAAAACCAGUUUUCCUUUGGAUGCGGAUAAAAUUUUGCUACGUGGCUGUGUCAUCAGGAACACGGACGUUGCCCACGGAUUGGUCAUUUUUGCAGGUGCUGACACCAAGAUAAUGAAGAAUAGUGGGAAGACCAGAUUUAAAAGGACUAAAAUUGAUUACUUGAUGAACUACAUGGUUUACACGAUCUUUGUUGUUCUCAUCCUGCUUUCUGCUGGUCUGGCUAUCGGCCAUGCCUAUUGGGAAGCCCAAGUCGGCAAUUAUUCAUGGUACCUCUAUGAUGGGGAAAAUGCUACACCCUCCUACCGCGGGUUCCUGAAUUUCUGGGGCUACAUCAUCGUGCUUAACACCAUGGUGCCCAUCUCCCUGUAUGUCAGCGUGGAAAUCAUUCGCCUUGGCCAGAGUCACUUCAUCAACUGGGACCUGCAGAUGUACUAUGCUGAGAAGGACACCCCCGCCAAGGCCAGAACCACCACGCUGAACGAGCAGCUCGGGCAGAUCCACUACGUCUUCUCAGACAAAACCGGCACCCUCACGCAGAACAUCAUGACCUUCAAGAAGUGCUGCAUCAACGGGCAGAUCUACGGAGACCAUCGAGAUGCUUCUCAGCACAGCCACAGCAAAAUCGAGCAAGUUGAUUUUAGCUGGAAUACAUUUGCUGAUGGGAAGUUUGUGUUUCACGACCAUUAUCUUAUUGAGCAAAUCCAGUCAGGCAAAGAACCAGAAGUGCGGCAGUUCUUCUUCUUGCUUGCGGUGUGCCACACGGUCAUGGUGGAGAGAACCGACGGUCAGCUCAACUACCAGGCGGCCUCUCCGGACGAAGGUGCCCUGGUCAAUGCCGCUAGGAACUUUGGCUUCACCUUCCUGGCCAGGACACAGAACACCAUCACCAUCAGCGAGCUGGGCACCGAAAGGACCUACAAUGUCCUUGCCAUUUUGGACUUCAACAGUGACCGGAAGCGGAUGUCUAUAAUUGUAAGAACCCCAGAAGGCAACAUCAGGCUUUAUUGCAAAGGUGCUGACACUGUGAUUUACGAACGGUUACACCGCAUGAACCCCACCAAGCAGGAGACGCAGGAUGCCUUGGAUAUCUUUGCAAGUGAGACUCUUAGAACUCUGUGCCUUUGCUACAAGGAAAUCGAAGAAAAAGAAUUCGCAGAAUGGAAUAAAAAGUUUACGGCUGCCAGCGUGGCCUCGGUCAACCGAGACGAAGCUCUGGAUAAAGUAUACGAGGAGAUUGAAAAAGACUUAAUACUCUUGGGAGCCACAGCAAUUGAAGACAAGCUGCAGGAUGGAGUUCCAGAAACCAUUUCAAAACUUGCAAAGGCCGACAUUAAGAUCUGGGUGCUUACCGGAGACAAAAAGGAAACUGCUGAAAAUAUAGGAUUCGCUUGUGAACUGCUGACUGAGGAGACCACCAUCUGCUACGGGGAAGACAUAAGUUCUCUUCUUCAUACAAGGAUGGAAAACCAGAGGAAUAGAGGUGGAGUCUAUGCAAAAUUUGCACCUCCUGUGCAGGAACCUUUUUUCCCAUCUGGUGGAAACAGGGCCUUAAUAAUCACCGGUUCUUGGUUGAAUGAAAUUCUUCUGGAGAAAAAGACCAAGAAAAGUAACAUCCUGAAGCUGAAGUUCCCGAGGACAGAAGAAGAGAGACGCAUGCGGACGCAGAGUAAGAGACGGCUCGAGGCUAAGAAAGAGCAGCGGCAGAAGAAUUUCGUGGACCUGGCCUGUGAGUGCAGCGCCGUCAUCUGCUGCCGCGUCACCCCCAAGCAAAAGGCCAUGGUAGUGGACCUGGUGAAGAGGUACAAGAAGGCCAUCACGCUGGCCAUCGGAGACGGGGCCAACGACGUGAACAUGAUCAAGACUGCCCACAUUGGUGUUGGAAUAAGCGGACAAGAAGGAAUGCAAGCGGUCAUGUCGAGCGACUACUCCUUUGCUCAGUUCAGAUACCUGCAGAGGCUGCUGCUGGUGCAUGGCCGCUGGUCCUACAUCAGGAUGUGCAAGUUCCUCCGAUACUUCUUCUACAAAAACUUUGCCUUUACUUUGGUUCAUUUCUGGUACUCCUUCUUCAACGGCUACUCCGCACAGACUGCGUACGAGGACUGGUUCAUCACCCUGUACAACGUGCUCUACUCCAGCUUGCCCGUGCUCCUCAUGGGGCUGCUCGACCAGGACGUGAGUGACAAACUGAGCCUCCGAUUCCCUGGGCUGUACGUCGUGGGACAGAGAGACUUGCUCUUCAACUAUAAGCGGUUCUUCGUAAGCUUGCUGCAUGGGAUCCUCACGUCCAUGGUGCUCUUCUUCAUACCCCUGGGAGCUUACCUGCAGACCGUGGGACAGGACGGAGAGGCGCCAUCCGACUACCAGUCUUUUGCCGUCACAGUUGCCACUGCUCUCGUCAUAACAGUCAAUUUCCAGAUCGGCCUGGACACUUCUUACUGGACCUUUGUGAAUGCCUUUUCCAUUUUUGGAAGUAUUGCUCUUUAUUUUGGCAUCAUGUUUGACUUUCAUAGUGCGGGAAUACAUGUUCUCUUUCCAUCUGCAUUUCAAUUUACAGGCACUGCUUCCAACGCCCUGAGACAGCCGUACAUCUGGCUCACCAUCAUCCUGACCGUCGCCGUGUGCUUGCUGCCUGUCGUUGCCAUCCGCUUCUUGUCCAUGACCAUUUGGCCAUCAGAAAGUGACAAGAUCCAGAAGCACCGCAAGCGGUUGAAGGCCGAGGAGCAGUGGAAACGGCGGCAGAACGUGUUCCGCCGGGGCGCGUCGUCGCGGCGCUCGGCCUACGCCUUCUCGCACCAGCGCGGCUACGCGGACCUCAUCUCCUCCGGGCGCAGCAUCCGCAAGAAGCGCGCGCCCCUGGACGCCAUCAUUGCCGAUGGAACGGCCGAGUACCGGCGCACCGUGGAGAGCUGAGGUGCCCCAUGUCUGUUUCUUCAUGAAAGACUCUGAGAACGUUUUAUAAAAACGUCACAUGGAACCCAAGACAGCAGGCACUUAGCUUGGUGGUGAAGAUGCCCGGCGCCAUAUCUGAGUUCUCGGGUUGGAGACCCAGCAGGUGACAACUCAAGUACUGGGCAGCCCUGCCACCCACGUGGGAGACGUGCAUGGAGUCCCCGGCCCAGCCCAGGGCCUUUGGGGAGUGACCCAGCAGAUGGAACCUCUGGCUGCCUCUCAAAAUUCUGAGUCAAAAAAAAAAAAAAAAAAAAAGAUACGAACUACUUGGGUUGGGCUAUUCAUAAUCAAUAGCAAAGCCAACACUAUAUUUUUGAAAGCCCUAAAUUAUUCAACUUGUGUUCAUUGUGAUUCAAAGGGAACAUUUAAAUCCAGUCUCAAUCCAGGACAAUAGUUAGACAACUGCAUUGUAAAAUUACAGUUAAGUUUUCCUGUCAUCUUUUGUAACAAUUUGCCAGAACUUUCCUCUUUUCCCACCUGUAGACCACCUUAUUUAAUUUAUAAUCACGAAGACAGGAAGUGGUCCAGUGACUUUUUGAAUACUGGUAACAGAGGGUAUGGUUGCAGGUUUCCACACUGGUUUUCUAGCUCAGUUCAAUCAAGGGAAAUUCAAAAUUUUCUAAGUAUAAGGUUUCCACGUGUUUUGGGUUUAUAACCAGUUAAAUAGCAUAUUACAACAUUUUAGUGUUGGGUAUUAUUUUAGCACCUUCCUAUAGUACCAAGUAGUCUGAUUCCUUAGUGUCAUUUUUUUGAAAGUAUCUGCAUAUUCACAUAUUUUAUAAAAGCAAUUUUUAAAAACUGGGCAUAUUACCAAUGGGUACUAAUUUCCAGUUAGAAGGAGAGCUAUUGAUAAUUUAUGUUAUACUCAUAGUUCAAAAAAAAAAAGCUGUAAGGAAUUUUGAAGAGAGAGACCCAUUUGCCUAUGAUUUAAAUAUCAUCCAAUGUGCAGAUGUAUGUAUACAUUGGAUGAUAUGGUACCUGAUAAGUUAUUUUUAGUUGUUAAACAACUGUACAUAAUGGAACUUGGAAGGCAACACUUAGGUCUUGGAGCUCUAGAGAGGAGAAAGCUGCUUUGAGGCAGGGUGACUGGUCUUGAUCAAGUGAAAGGGUGUUGCCACUCAUAACAGCUCAGAGGGAUAUGAGGAUACUUCAGUUUGGGGCCAGCGUUGUGGCACAAUGGGUUAAGCCAUUCCCUGUGACACCAGCAUCGCAUACGGGUGACAGUUCAAGUCUCAGCACCUCCACUUCCGAUCCAGUUCCCUACUAAUGCACCUGGGAAGUCCACAGAAGAUGGCCCAAGUGUUUGGGUCCCUGCAGACAAUUGGAAGACCCAGAAGAAGCUUCUGGCUCUGGGCUUUGGCCUGGCCCAGCUAUUUGGGGAGUGAACCAAUGGAUGGAAGAUCUGUCACUCUGCCUUUCAAAUAAAUACAUCUUUUUAAAAAAAUCAGUUUAUUUGGAUGCAAAAAAAUGCAAUCUCUAAGUUUAUCCUAAUAUACAUUUCAGUGACCUUUUCUGGAAGAUCCCUGUGCAUCUACAUCCAGGUGAUCUCCAAGUCCUGCCUAGUGCUCCCUGGGAGUAAGGAAGUUGAACAAAAUCACUAACAAGAUAGCAGCAAUACAUUGCAGAAGGCUUCACAAAGCUUUCUUUUGAGCUUGCUCACAUGUAAAGUAUUUUAUGAGGCUGGAUCAGAAUCCUAAUGCUGUUCUCCUUGUCUAUGUCUUGAGGGAGAAGACUUUGAGAGCCACAUUCAUUAGAUUGAAUGUGUAGGCAGUUGUGAAAAUAUCCUCACAAGGGUGACCCAGCUUUCCAGGGCUUUUUCCAUAUUCUUGUGCUUUCAGCAGAUCUGCCCUCCACCACGAGGCUGUGAAUGUUCACAACGUCACCCCUUGGAAUCCCUCUGAGGAAAUCACCACAUGUAGAUAGCUCAUUUUUUAUAUCCACAGGACAGGGAAAUUUAAUUAGAAUUUUAUAAUGCAUUUUCUAAGUAUGAUAAAAGAAUGUAUGCUUUUUUAUGGAAGUAAAUUUCUGAAAGUUUACAAUUUUAUCUUGUAAAUAAGCAGAAUUGUACAAUUCUUUAAAAAUCCAGGAACGUUAGCUUCUAUAAUUCUGUUACUUUCAUAGUUCUCUCCCGUAUUGCAAAUUGUGGGAAAGGUUGACAAUGCAAAUGUGUCAAAGACAUAUACUGUUGGGUGCAAUAUUAAUUUUAAAAUGAAAAUUGCUUUGGAUAAAUUAUUUCUAUUCCUGUAAAUCAGAUUGAAUGUAUAUUUUUGUUUAAAAAUAAAUGCUUUAGUAAAAUUUUUAGAAA